AUGCAACGUUCCAUUUUCACGAGGUUCGGUAACUCCUCUGCCACUGUUUCCGCUCUUAAUAGACUGUCUACGACAGCCGCACCACAUGCGAAAAACGGUUAUGCCACCACUACUGGCGCUGGUGCCGCUGGCGCCACUGCGACAGCUUCAUCCACAAAUGCAGCAGCGGCAGCAGCGGCAGCAGCUAACCACUCCACUCAGGAAUCUAGUUUUGAUUACGAAGGUCUAAUAGAUUCUGAACUGCAGAAAAAAAGACUCGACAAAUCAUACAGGUACUUUAACAAUAUCAACCGUUUGGCCAAGGAGUUUCCGCUAGCUCAUCGUCAGAGGGAGGCUGAUAAGGUUACCGUUUGGUGUUCCAACGAUUAUUUGGCGCUUUCCAAGCACCCUGAAGUAUUGGACGCCAUGCAUAAAACUAUCGACAAGUAUGGUUGCGGUGCAGGUGGUACAAGAAACAUUGCCGGUCAUAACAUUCCCACUAUGAAUUUGGAAGCAGAAUUGGCUACUUUACACAAGAAGGAAGGUGCCUUGGUUUUCUCAUCAUGUUACGUAGCCAACGACGCCGUCUUAUCCCUUCUGGGCCAAAAGAUGAAGGACUUGGUGAUUUUUUCCGAUGAACUUAACCAUGCCUCCAUGAUUGUGGGUAUCAAGCAUGCCAACGUCAAAAAGCACAUUUUUAGACAUAACGACUUAAACGAAUUGGAGAAACUACUACAGUCGUACCCCAAGUCUGUUCCUAAACUAAUUGCAUUCGAAUCAGUAUACUCUAUGGCCGGUUCAGUGGCUGACAUAGAAAAAAUUUGCGAUUUGGCUGAUAAAUAUGGUGCUUUAACCUUUUUGGAUGAAGUGCACGCCGUUGGUCUAUACGGUCCUCACGGUGCAGGUGUCGCGGAACAUUGCGAUUUUGAAAGUCAUCGUGCCAGCGGUAUUGCUACACCCAAGACCAAUGACAAGGGCAUGGAAAAAACCGUGAUGGAUCGUGUAGACAUGAUCACCGGUACAUUGGGUAAGUCAUUCGGUAGUGUAGGCGGCUACGUGGCAGCUUCCAGAAAAUUGAUCGAUUGGUUCAGGUCAUUUGCGCCCGGUUUUAUUUUUACCACCACUUUGCCACCUUCUGUCAUGGCAGGCGCUAUAGCGGCCAUUAGAUACCAACGUUGCCAUUUAGAUCUAAGAACUUCCCAACAGAGACACACCAUGUAUGUGAAAAAGGCCUUCCACGAUUUGGGCAUUCCCGUUAUUCCAAAUCCUUCUCAUAUUGUUCCUGUUUUGAUUGGAAAUGCUGAUUUAGCCAAGCAAGCUUCCGAUAUUUUAAUCAACAAACAUCAGAUAUACGUGCAAGCCAUCAACUUCCCCACCGUUGCUCGUGGUACGGAAAGAUUGAGAAUUACCCCAACGCCAGGCCACACUGAUGACUUAUCCGAUAUCCUGAUUAAUGCAGUUGAUGAUGUGUUUAACGAAUUACAACUACCACGUGUCAGAGACUGGGAGAACCAAGGCGGUCUGUUGGGUGUCGGCGAAGCUGGAUUUGUAGAAGAGCCUAAUUUGUGGACAUCGAGUCAAUUAUCGUUGACUAAUGACGACUUGAACCCUAAUGUUAGGGACCCAAUUAUCAGACAACUAGAGGUUUCUAGUGGUAUCAAGCAGUGA